GCCGAAGAGCCGGUAGGGGACGGGAUCCGGGAUCAGGGGCUGCUGUCCCCCCCACCCCGCCCCGGGCCCCCGGGACCGGAAGCGGGGCCGCUUAGGAGCUGGGACCUGGCGCCUCCGUCCGGUCCGCCCGCAGGGCGGGGCGUGGCCUUUAAGGCCCGAUAAAGGGACUCCUCCCUCCUCGCCUGCCGCUGUCCUGUAUCAUCUCUGGACCCAUGACCUGGAGGUCUGGGUCCAGCCGUUCCCGCCCAGGAUUUAAGGAAGUGAUUCGGUGCCUCUCCUUUGUGGCCCUGGCUCGGUUCGUCUCUGCCCAGAUCUACCCCGCUGAGGCCUGGGUAAGCCCGAGGACAGCGAAGGAGGAGACGCGCUCCGGCUCAUCCCGGAGCCCAGGAACUUGACAAGCUGGUGCCCGGGUCAGAACUUUGCUAACGUGGGACUCGGAGACUGCAGGACCAAGAAGCAUGGAGGGAUUGUUGGGGACCAGGACCAGGACCCCCGAGGUUAGAGGAAUCAAGGGAGACCUAGGGGCCCAUGGGACAGAAAAUUGUGGCUCCCAAAACACGGGGAGCCCAAGCUAUGGAAGCACAGAGAACGCAAGGGAGAGGAAUGAUCCAAACAAUGGAAUCCCAGAAGACCCUGGGCAGCUGAUGGCCGCCUAUGAGGGCACAGCCAUGGGCCACCAGGUACCUCGGUUUGGCUGGCGCAUCUGCUUAGCUCAUGAAUUUCUUGAGAAGAGGAAGCCCUUCCAGGCCAACAACGUCUCCAUGAGCAACUUGGUGAAGCACUUGGGCAUGGGUGUCCGGUAUCUUAAAUGGUGGUACCAGAAGACACAGGUGGAGAAGAAGACUCCCUUCAUAGACAUGUUUAACUGCCUUCCCCUGAGGCAAAUCUAUGGUUGUCCACUGGGUGGGCUUGGAGGCGGUACCAUCACCCGUGGCUGGAGGGGCCAGUUCUGUCGAUGGCAGCUCAACCCUGGGGUAUACCAGCACCGAACAGUGAUGGCUGACCAGUUUACUGUAUGCCUGCGGCGGGAAGGACAGACUGUGUACCAGCAAGUCCUGUCCCUAGAGCGUCCCAGUGUCUUGCGCAGCUGGAAUUGGGGCCUGUGUGGAUUCUUUGCUUUUUAUCAUGCACUCUACCCCCGAGCCUGGACCGUCUACCAGCUGCCUGGGCAGCAAGUCACGCUGACCUGUCGCCAGAUCACACCCAUCCUCCCCCAUGACUACCAGGACAGCAGCCUACCUGUGGGGGUAUUCGUGUGGGAUGUGGAAAACACUGGUGAUGAUGAUUUGGAAGUAUCUAUCAUGUUCUCCAUGAGGAAUGGCCUGGGAGGUGGACAUGAUGGCCCAGGAGGGCUAUGGAAUGAGCCCUUCUGCUUAGAGCAUGAUGGGGAAACUGUUCAGGGACUGUUGCUACACCAUCCAAACCCCCCAAACCCAUACACAAUGGCUGUGGCUGCCCGACUCACGGCAAACACCACAGUGACUCAUAUCACAGCCUUUGACCCUGAUGGCACUGGACAGAAAGUGUGGAGGGACUUGCUCCUGGAUGGACAGUUGGACUCCCCAUCUGGCCCCAGCCCCCCAACCCAAAAGGGACAGGGCAUAGGUGGAGCUGUGUGUGCAGGGGCCCAUUUGCCCCGGAGAGGCAGAUGCCAGCUGGAAUUUGCAUUGGCCUGGGACAUGCCCAAGAUUCUGUUUGGAGCUAGGGGCCAAGCCCACUACAGGAGAUACACUCGGUUCUUUGGCCAAGAAGGAAAUGCAGCUCCAGCCCUCUGUCAUUAUGCACUCACUCAGUAUAGAUCAUGGGAGGAAAGAAUUGCAGCAUGGCAGAACCCUGUGCUGGAGGACAGGUCCCUGCCCGCCUGGUAUAAGUCUGCACUUUUCAAUGAAUUAUACUUCCUGGCUGAUGGGGGUACCAUGUGGCUGGAGGUUACAGAAGACACAGCCAUACAGGAGUUCAAUGGGAUGAUGAACCAGCUUCGACCUACCCUGCAGGAAUAUGGGCGCUUUGCCUACCUUGAGGGACAGGAGUACCACAUGUACAACACAUAUGAUGUCCACUUCUAUGCCUCCUUUGCCCUCAUCAUGUUGUGGCCCAAACUCGAGCUCAGCCUCCAGUAUGACAUAGCUGUAGCAACUCUGAGUGAAGACUUGACACGGCGGAAAUAUCUAAUGAGUGGCGUAACGGCUCCUGUGAAGAAGAAAAAUGUGAUUCCCCAUGACAUAGGGGACCCAGAUGAUGAGCCAUGGCUUCGUAUCAAUGCUUACCUAAUUCAUGACACAGCUGAUUGGAAGGAUCUGAACCUGAAGUUUGUGCUGCAGAUUUAUCGGGACUUUUACCUGACAGGCAACGAGAGCUUCCUGAGGGACAUGUGGCCUGUGUGCCAGGCUGUAAUGGAAUCUGAGAUGAAGUUUGACACAGAUCAAGAUGGCCUAAUUGAGAAUGGGGGCUAUGCAGACCAGACUUACGAUGGAUGGAUCACCACGGGACCCAGUGCCUACUGUGGAGGCCUGUGGCUGGCAGCUGUGGCUGCGAUGGUCCAAAUGGCUGCCAUGUGUGGAACUCAAGAUGUCCAGGAGAAGUUCUUGUCCAUCCUGAGCCGAGGUCGGGAGGCUUACGAGAGGCUUCUCUGGAAUGGCCGUUACUAUAAUUAUGAUAGCAGCUCCCAGCCACAAUCCCGUAUUAUCAUGUCUGACCAGUGUGCUGGUCAGUGGUUCCUGAGAGCAUGUGGACUGGGAAAGGGGGAUACCGAGGUAUUCCCUACCCCCCAUGUGAUUCGAGCUCUCCAGACAAUCUUUGAAGUGAAUGUCCAGGGCUUUGCAGGCGGAGCCAUGGGGGCUGUGAACGGUAUGCAGGCAGAUGGAGUCCCUGACACAUCCAGUGUUCAGUCCGAUGAGGUCUGGGUAGGUGUGGUCUACGGGCUAGCUGCUACCAUGAUCCAAGAGGGCCUGAUUGAAGAGGGUUUCCUUACGGCCGAAGGCUGCUACCGCACAGUGUGGGAACGAUUGGGGAUGGCAUUCCAGACACCUGAGGCAUAUUGCCAGCGUCGAGUAUUCCGUUCCCUUGCCUAUAUGCGACCACUCAGCAUCUGGGCCAUGCAGCUGGCAUUACAGCAGCAUGGCACAGCCCCUGGGCAGGGCAUGGGACUGACUGGAGAGAGCAUGGGAGUGACUGCUGGACAGAAAUCUGCACCGGCUGUGGGACUUCAUACCAAGUCAAAAGCCAGAGCAGACCUGGGACAGCAGGGACUCCUAGAUACUAUUUAGACGGGGAAGCUGGAGAUACUAUUGUGCACCUUCCUCUUCCCAUCUGCAGCCCUGAGCCAUCAGGACAAUCACCUACCACCCACUUCCCCCAGCAGAGCCAUGGGGGUGGGAGACACAAGCACCGCAAUCACUUAUUUAUUUUCCCUCCCUCCACUCCCCAAUUAUUUGCUGCAUGGAAUGCUAACAAAGGUCGAGCUAUUUUCCUCCCUACCCCUAUGCCCUGAGCCAGACCUCCUCACCCAAAACUGGGUUGGAGGGGUGGACACAGCCACACAAAUAAAAGAUCCAAGAAACCA